ACAUGGAGAAGCUAUUUCUCAUACUUCUGCUCCUCUCAUCUUGUUCUUUGUUAGUCUCCUCCGCCAAUGCAUCUGCAAUUUUCAUAUUUGGAGACUCCGUCUUUGAUGCUGGGAACAAUCACUUCAACAAGAACUGCUCCGCUCAGGCCGAUUUUCCACCUUAUGGAUCAAGUUUUUUCCACCGUCCCACCGGGAGUUUCACUAAUGGCAGAACAGUAGCUGACUUCAUUUCACAAUUUCUGGGGAUCGAGUUCCAAAAGCCCUUCCUCGAGGCACAACUUGCAGUUGUGAAUGGAAGCAGGAAGGACUAUCCAUCGAAUGGCAUCAACUUUGCAAGUGCUGGCAGCGGUGUUUUGCAGGCAACAAACCCGGACUGGGGAGUGAUAUCAAUCCAGCAGCAGCUGCGACAAUUUCAAGCACUGAUACAGCAAAAUCAAAUUGACAAAAACCUGGUCCAAAACUCCUUGUUCCUUGUGGAAUCAGGAUCCAUUGACAUUUUCAACUAUUUCCUCCCUUAUGACACCCCAACUCUUGAUCCUGGUGCCUUCGUGCAAGCCAUGUUAACUGAAGUUGGGGAUUUGAUCGACCAAAUUUACAAGCUUGGUGCUCGCCGCAUUGCUCUAUUUUCACCAGGCCCUGUUGGGUGUAUUCCAGCAAGGGCCCUCUUGCCAGGCGCACCGGUUGAUAAAUGUUUUGGAAAGAUGAAUUUGAUGGUCAAGAAAUAUAACAAGGGAUUGGAGAGCUUGGUCACUGAUAUGCCCAUUAAAUACCCUGGUGCAGUAGGUGUCUUUGGUGCCGUUUAUGAUAUUGUACAGAGAUUUCGAGCUAUUCCAGCACAAUAUCGCUUCUCUGAUGUAACUAAUGCAUGCUGUGGUGAUGGAACUCUUGGAGGAUUGCUACAAUGUGGCAGGGAAGGCUACGAGAUUUGUCCAAAUCCUAAUGCGUUCUUGUUCUGGGAUUAUUUUCAUCCAACCGAACAUACUUACAAGCUCAUCUCCAAGGCACUGUGGGGUGGGAAAAACUCAAGAAUCAGGCCAGUCAAUUUGAAGACUCUAGCCAGCACACCUUGAUACGUGUCCCUUGUUAAAACAGAAAAAAAAAAAAAAUCUUUUUGAUGUGAUGAAGUUGCACACGAAAGCAUUACU